GGUAGUAGUCUGCGGAUUCACGAAUACGACGCCUUGGCUCGACGACUCGGCCGACGACGAUACGAUGCGCCAACUCGCCGGCUGGCUCAGCGCGUAUACGACAAUUCGACUUAACUUUAGUCUGCUUCAGGUCGGCAUGGCGUAGAAGUCGAUUCAAGCCGCUUCGGUUGAACUUAAACCUAAAAACGUGCACACGCUUUUAAAAAAUAAAAUUCAGCUCUAAAUAAUUUCAUAAACUAAACGUCAAUCAAUAAAAAAUGUGUUGAUUAGUGCCACACGUUCCACCAUUAAUAUAUUUCACUGAUAAUGAAUGCGUAUGCCUUCGCAAUGAUAGUGGUGACGAUAAAAACUGUGAUAAGAUAGUUACUGAACGGUGAAUACGGUGGAGUUUUGGGUCGAUUAUAGGUGUAACGCAUCGAAUUACCUCACCGGGAAAUAUUUGUGGCUUCGUUCAUACAUGUGCGCACAGUUUCUUGCGAACCGCGUCGCGAUAAAUACAAAAUCAACAGUGUGACAAUUAUUUCAAUAAACACUCAAGAUUUCCUCAUUCUACACUCAAAAAAAAGUGUAAAAUAUUUGUGUAACUCACUCGUGAAUGACUACCAAAAUGUGUAACCGUGUUGAUUACAAAUAAACGUGUGCGAUAACACGCAAAUUAUUAUUCGUAAAUUGAAUAAUUUCGAAGUCCGCACGCUAGCGCAACGCAGAACUAAAUUUAUUCUGCGCCCAACAAUGCGACACUUUUAAGUUGAAGAUAACCUUGACCUGCAUCAGGCGCAAAAUUGAAAUAGAAUGUUUUGUUGGUGUUUCUAACCUGACUUUUACGCUCUCACACAUCACUAGAAUGCGAUUGCUUGCAAAACCAAGCGGCAAUGGCGAGAAAACGAAAGACACUCAGCCUUAUCGUGGGCAUCGUGCUCGGCGUGCUACUCUCGGUGUUCCUGAAGCACGAAGGCGAUCCGUGCGGCGCGUACGCGCCCAAACAUCUUGUCGCCGAUGACAUAACCUCAAACGAGAGCCCCAGUCGUGAUUUACUCUUUGUUGGGGUUAUGACAGCUGCGCGAUAUCUGGACACACGCGCUAAGGCAGUUUAUGACACAUGGGGGCAGCACAUACCCGGAAAAAUCGCUUUCUUCAGUUCGGAGCAGUCUUAUUCCACGCACGUGCCGUUGAUUCCACUGAUUGGUGUGGAUGAUGUCUAUCCACCACAGAAGAAGUCUUUCACGAUGUUGAAAUACAUGCAUGACCAUUAUUUGGAUCGUUUUGAAUGGUUCAUGCGUGCUGAUGACGAUGUCUACGUCCGUAUGGAUAAACUAGAAAAAUUACUACGAUCUGUAGAUUCAUCAAAACCAUGGUUUAUCGGGCAGACAGGCAGAGGUAAUUCGGAAGAAUUUGGUUUGUUGUCGUUAGAAAACGAUGAAAAUUUCUGCAUGGGUGGACCUGGUAUUAUUCUAAGCCGGGAGACGCUGCGGAAAUUGGGUCCGCACAUCCAGGAAUGCCUGGAGAAUUUGUACACUACUCAUGAGGAUGUCGAGCUGGGUCGGUGCGUGAAGAAGAGCGCCGGUAUUUCAUGCACGUGGUCCUACGAGGCGAGUGACUUCACAUUCAGUCAGAUGCAGGUGAUUUUAUAUCAUAAUCAAAGCAGCGAGGCGGCAUUCAGUGGCGAUCUGAAGCAGAAAGAGGUGCAUCGUGCCAUCACUCUGCAUCCGGUGAAGAAGCCGGCGCUCAUGUAUCGCCUCCACAAGUAUGUCAAGGGAUUGAAUAUUCGUGCCAGGAAACAAGAAUGUAUCGAAUUACAUCGCGACAUGGCAUUCUCCUACGCCGAAAUGAGCGAGAAUCUCCGUCACUUGGAGGAGGAUUUUCAAUACGAACUCUCACCGCAUGUGGACGACAGAUAUUUCGGCGAGGGAAAUAUUUUAGGGAAACGAACUAGUUUAAAUAGAUUUACACCAAACUCUUUGGACGAGGUCCUCGACUGGGAGUUUAUCUCAAAGUCAUUAUUUUCCUACAAGGAUCUGAAUCCAAAACGACGGUAUGGUUCCUCAGUCAAAGAAGGCUUGGGCGAUGUUGUACGAGAGGUGAUGGAGAUCAUCAACCAAUUCUCGAAACAGCGCGGCCGCGUCAUCGACUUCAAAGAGAUCCUCUACGGCUACUUCCGUUUGGACCCUGUGCAUGGCGUCGAUGUAAUCCUCGACAUGCUGCUCGUUUAUAAAAAAUAUCGCGGGCAUAAAAUGACAGUCGGUGUGCGUCGCCACGCGUACAUCCAACAAACAUUCAAUGGUAUGGAAAUUCGCGAAAUAAAUCCCGAGACCAAUUUGCCAAUUGACACCACUCUGUCCGAUGAGGAUGCGCUGCACAAGAAGCUAAUAAAACAAGUGAUUUCUAAAUUUAGCGAAAACAUGCCGACGCUGUUUACGAGCGCCAGCGGGCAAGAGCAACAAAUAAACUUUGUGCUGCCGCUGAGCGGGCGGCAUGACACCUUCAAACGCUUCAUGGCACAUUACGCACGCGAAUGCUUAGACAGCAAGGAGAACGUUCGACUCAUCGUGAUACUCUACAAUCAAAACAAUCAAGCAGACGAACGUGUUCUUUCCAACAAUCGAUACGGGCAUUAUGAAGAGCAAACUACUGACAUGGAGCGCACAUUGAACCUUCUCAACGAUUAUUCAUCAAAAUACUCCUAUGACAAUUUGGUUGUGAAAAUCAUCAAUGAGACCUUCGCCAGAGGCAAAGCCCUGCAACACGGCGUUGAUUUGAUCACCAAUGAAGAAUUAAUGUUCUUCAUUGAUGUAGAUAUCAUAUUUUCCAGAGAUUUUCUUCUUAGAUUACGAAGGAACGUUGUUAAAGGAAAGUCUGUUUACUUCCCAAUUGUGUUCAGCAUGUACAAUCCACGAUUGAUUCAUGCGCUUGACCUCGACGUGAAUUUAGACCAGUUUGAGCCUAAUCAAGAUUUGGGAUCAUGGCGACAGUUCGGUUUCGGGUUGUGUGGGUUGUAUAAGUCGGACUAUAUCCUCCUGGGUGGAUUCAACACGAGUAUAUCCGGCUGGGGUUUCGAGGAUGUGAAUUUAUACGACAAGACGGUCAAAUCCACGCUGAAGAUUAUUCGGAGUGUUGAUCGUGGAUUAGUGCAUGUGUGGCAUCCGGUUGUGUGCGAUCCCAAUUUGGACACUUUACAACUGAAUAUGUGUAAAGGAACCCAGGCCAGUAUGCUUGGCUCGCUGCGAACAUUGCAAACAUUUUAUAAAACACAUAUGGCGGUGUCAGGCGGCCAUCUUGACCGGAAAGGGUAGAUCCUGAUGAUUAUAUACGCUGUGAUUAUGUAUUUAUGUGAUCGACAAAGACGAAUUUAUACUUGAUUUUUGAUUUUUCACUUGCAAAACAAUCAAUGACAUUUCGAUUUUGUGAUUAGAAGAUUCAUUGUGCCUUAUUUCUAACUUAUAACCUAACUUAUAUUUUAUCAUAUGUAAUACUUGGUUUAGUCUAGUUUAGUUCGGUAACCUCUCCCUGCCUGAUAAUAGCUUAAUUACAAGUACGAGUUAUAUUCCUAAAGUGACUAGUCGACAAACAAGUAUUCUUAAUUUUUACGUAUCGUCUAAGAUGUAACUGUACUCAGAAUGCUCACUGCGUGCCAAAGCGAGUUGUUGACGCGGAAGUUACUACACAAACAACUGAUCAGCCGCACAUUAUACAGUAAAUUAAUUUAAUAAGCCAAUAAUGCAUAAUAAAUUAAUCCAUUGUA